GUUUCUUUUCUCGAGUUACGAGCGGAAACUUUUCUUCCUCAUCGGAAUCCUCGAAUCUCGGUCAUCGCCGCCUGAUCUUACGCCGGCAAUGAAACCCUAGAUUCUUCUACUAUGAGCCAAAUCUUACGCUAAUAGCACCCAAUUCUAUUAGAUUUUGGGGAGAUUUUAGUACUUUUCUUCAAUGGCGACGAGGAAUCGGACUCACUUGUUCAGAAAAUAUCGCGAUGCGCUUCGGAGCGUUAGGGUUCCGUCCGUGUCGUCACUUCAGUCUCAAUCUGGACCGUCGACGUCGAGGUCAGGGAACGGGCCUGUGAUCGAAUUGGUGAGCACUUCGCUGUUGCAUCCGAAACCGAAUCGGUCCUAUGCUCCUCUUAGUACUGAAGAUCCCGGCAGCUCAAGUAGAGGCGCACUCACAGUUGGUUUACCUCCAGCUUGGGUGGAUGUUUCUGAAGAAAUAGGUGUAGAUAUACAACGUGCUCAGAAGAAAAUGUCAGAGUUAGUGAAGGCUCAUGCAAAAGCUUUAAUGCCUUCAUUUGGAGAUGGAAAGGAGGAACAACAUGCAAUUGAAACUCUAACACAAGAGAUUACACAUUUGUUAAGGAGGUCAGAGAAAAGACUAAAGAAACUUUCUUCAACUGGUACUUCAGAAGAUUUGAAUGUUCAGAAAAAUGUUCAGAGAUCACUGGCUACUGAUCUUCAGAAUCUUUCAGUGGAACUUCGCAAAAAGCAAUCUGCUUACUUAAAGCGCCUUAGACAGCAAAAGGAGGAGGGACAAGAUGGUAUUGACUUGGAGAUGAAUCGGAAUGGACAGAAAUCUAGGCUGGAUGAUGAUGAUGAUUUUGUUGAUGUGGGUUUUAAUGAUCAUCAGAUGUCUCAGCUGAAAAAAAGUGAGGCAUUCACGAGAGAGAGGGAAAAAGAGAUUGCACAGGUUGUAGAAUCAGUAAACGACCUUGCUCAAAUCAUGAAGGACCUCUCUAUCCUUGUAAUAGAUCAGGGAACCAUCAUAGACCGGAUUGACUAUAACGUUCAGAAUGUUGCAGCAUCAGUUGAACAAGGAUUUAAGCAGUUGCAAAAGGCCGAAAGAACACAGAAGAAAGGAGGGAUGAUUAUGUGUGCGACUGUCCUUGUGAUAAUGUGUUUCAUCAUGCUGGUCCUCUUAAUUCUCAAGUCGAUAUUAUUUUGACACAAAGUGACAAAUGACAUUCAACGAUAUUUUCAGUGUGCCUUGCCCCCGUAUUCUUUCACAUUCUCACAGACACAAAACCAUUCAAGUUUUGGUAUGGAAUGACUGCACGACACAUACAAGGAGCGUCAUCAUGCUAAAGCUCACAAGGUGUUUUGCUUUAACGUAGACAAGGAGGUGGUUGUGUUGUGUAUUUACAACAAGAGCUUGAGCAGUCCAGGAAAUGAAUUGUAAGGAGGAUGUCCAAUUUUGAGGAUUGCAGUUUUUGCCCUUAACUGGUUAUUUAUCUCAAUGAGACUGCUAGCUCGUGGUGUACAUGUUUUAUUGUCUAUUCGUUAUUGUUUUUACUAGUCAAUAAAUGUGUCAUCCUUUACCCCAAGAGUGAGAGCUUUUGUAUUUUUCUCCCUUUCUUUUUCUUUUUCAUAUCAGUUGAUGUAAAAGAUAUUGGAAUUUGGAGGAUCUAGUUAUUGUAAGUAUUGUUUGAGU